AUGUCUGCAUUUUUCAAAUUAGGAAGUGGAAGAAGAGGUCAAGCAAGUACUGAAGAAGAAGCACAACAACAAGAGAACAACAACAACAAGAAUGAUGAAUUGUAUCCAUUUAUGUUGAGGAAAGAGGCGGAGAUCUACAACAAGGGUUUGGAGCAAUGGCAACAACAGAUCUAUUAUCAUUACCAACAACAACAACCACCACCACAUGAACCACAAAAGCUAAGAUCAGAUGACGAUAACAUUGUUAAUUGUGAUGAGUGGGAUAUUAAUGAUAAUAAUAAUAGAUCAACGAGGUUGAUGAUGAUGAUGAGGCAAGGAGGAGGAGGUGGUGGUGGAAGAGGGGUGAAUUGUCAAGACUGUGGGAAUCAAGCGAAGAAGGACUGUGCACACAUGAGGUGCAGGACGUGUUGCAAGAGCCGAGGGUUUCAGUGUCAAACCCACGUCAAGAGUACUUGGGUUCCUGCUGCCAAAAGGAGAGAGAGACUACAACAACUCUCUGCUAAUUUUCAACAACAGCAGCAGCAGCAGUUAAGUCUGAGAGGACUUGGAGGAGAUCAUGAUGAUCAGACUAGUAUACAUCCCAAAAGGCACAGAGAGAUUAAUAAUCCAACUGAUUUCUCUCUAGUCUGCACUCCUUUACCCACCACCACCUCAGGGUUAGAAAUGGGUCAUUAUCCGGCAGAGGUGAAUUCUCCGGCGGUCUUUCGGUGUGUAAGAGUGAGCGGAAUGAAUGAUGCGGAGGAGCAGUAUGCGUAUCAGACGGCUGUGAACAUUUCAGGCCAUGUCUUCAAGGGAAUUCUGUAUGAUCAAGGCCCCGAAAGCAGUUACGCCGCCAACGUGGCCACGGGGGAGGGCUCCUCCGGCGGUGGUGCUCAACAAUUCAAUCUAAUCACUGCUGCUGCUGCUGCAACCACCACUAGCAACCAAGCUGUCACACUGCUUGAACCUUCUAUGUACCCAACUCCACUUGGUGCUUUCAUGGCGGGUACGCAAUUCUUUCCACCACCAAGACCUUGA